AUGGCGGAUUCGUUGCAGUCACAGAAGGUGAGUUUUUAUAUUUCUAUCGUUUACUGUCGUUCCAAUUGAAGUGUUGCUGAAAUAUUGAUUCAAUACAUUACCUCGGGCUGACCAAUUCAUUUGAUCAAGUUCCUCGACAUAUUCAUACACUUCCUGUGAAAGAGCCAAUUCCAAGUAUUUGAUCAUUUCUGGUCACUUCCUUUCUAUUUAUGAUUGGUUAGUUGCACAAACAACCAAAGGUGAUUGGUGCAUUCAAACUAUUCAACAGGAAGUUUACAAUUAUACUAGGAAGUGUAUGAAUAUCUCGAGAACUUGAUGAAAUGAAUUGGUCAGCCCGAGGUAAUGUAUUGAAUCAAUAUUUCAGCAACACUUCAAUUGGAACGACAGUAAUAUAUUUGAGUAUUUUUCUAUAAAUUAGAUUGCAUUUUUAAAAAGGAAAUUACACAAGUAUUAAUUAUAUUAGAAUUAGAUUUGCGGUUUGCAUUUGUUUGUGAACAAAGGAAAACGUCAGAGUUCAAUUUGUCACUGCCACAGUAACCAUUUUAUACUUUAUUUAUAAUAAUAGAAUAUAUAAAAUAAACGUAUAAACGUAAGCGCCUGCGGUACAUUUAUGGAGUAUACCGCAUUAUAUUCAAAAUGGCGGCAAAACAGUUAUUUUUAAUAAAAAGUAAAAAAAAAAUUAUAUCGCUUUGAAUACAGAAUCAAUAUAAACAGUUAUCGCUGGUAGACGCUGUUUAUAUAUGUAAAGGUUAGUGACAAAUUCAAACCCGGCGUGCUCCCUUGAUGUGUAUUGUCUGUUGAUAAUUUUACUAAAGUUUGUAUUAAACGUUCCCCGGUACCGGGGCAUUUAACAAAUACUUUUCCACCUGUAGCGGGGAAAAUGUGCCGGGAUUAACAAGGUGAUUUGUUAAAUUCCCCGCUAUGCCGCGGGGGUCGGGGGGCCGUAGUUUCAAUUGACUGGUGCAUAACCAUACUUUCGUAUUUAAUUACUUAAAUCUGGAGUUCACUUCCACAAGAAUAAAAAUUCAGCAAGUUGGAAUUAAUAGCUGCAUGUUACCAAUAGCAAUAAAUGCGACGUUAUGCUAAUUAUUCCAUUCUUUUAAUUACAGGAUACUUGCUGGGAAUGCUGGCCUCGGCAAAAAUAUUCAACACGGUCCCUUUGGAAGCACAAGUUAAAUAAAAUGUUCACCAACAAGUGUACCUGUGCACAGACAAAACUGAAGAGGAAGGUGAUGGCAUUGCCAAAGUAGGAGAAAUAUAAACUGUCACGCAAUUAACAUUAACAGAAGCGCGUUUAAAACAAACGUUUUAAAUUGCGCUAUAGCUUUGAUUCAUGUUUUAUAACUUAUAACUGUUACAUAUAUAAGUUAUAUACAUUUCCUAUGACAUUAGAUAGUUAUAUUAAUAACUCUGCGAAUUAUUAUAAAUAAAAUUUUAUAAACUUAUUUUGUGAAGUGCUUAUUAAAAUUCUAUCAUUGUAUCAACGAACGCGCGCUUCGACUAAUAACUUAUCAUAGAUUCCAGAUCAUAUUGAGCUUUAAUAGACCUUUCAAGACGUUUGUAGACCUUUUAAGACGUUUCAAGACCUUUCUAGACAUUUCAUAAUGUUCCAAGACUUUUCAAGACCUUUCUAGACCUUUUUAGACCUUUCCUGAUCGUUAUCAAGAAAAUAUUCGAGAUUCCGAAAGGUCUUCAAAAGGUCUUUUGACCUGUCAAAUUAACAUCACAGCGGAGACUUUUUCAAGACAUUUACCUAAGGCGGUCUCUAGGUCUUUUCAAGACCUUUUCAAUACAAUUUUCAAGGUCUAUUCAAGACUUUUUCAAGCCUUUAAAAGGUCUACCGUUUUCUUACGGGCACAGGCUCUCUAAUAGGGCCACCUCCCAAAUUAAUGGCCACCUCUCUAAUAUGGAGAGCUCUCUAACAUGGAAUAACCAGUGAACUCCAUGUCUUUUAUCUGGAAUGAUAACAUGCGGGAGAAACGUGAAGCCAAUGCCAACACCACUUGACGUGCGCUGAUUCAUGAUAGACCGUGCGGUGAUGGCGUACAAGGGGAGCGUUGUUCGUGCAAGGCUUCUCUUUUUAACUGCAGGUAAAUAGAUUGAGUUCACUGGGAAUAACCUGUCCCUUCAGUGUCAGUAUUAAAGAGGUCCAACUGUAUUUUAAAAUAUUUCUCUUUCCCUAAAGGUUACUCCAAAUUGUCCACAGCAACAUUACUUUUCUUUGAACAAAAUUAUGACAAAGCACUAGCAGAAGGAGAAACGUUUUUGGAAAUCGCAAAACGGCUAAACAACAAACUUGCAGAAUGUGAGGCAAUCUUACAAAUGGCAACUAUCUGCUGCAGUCUUUUCAAUAUACAGAAAGCCUUCGACCUUUUCUCUGAUGGCUUAAAAAUGGCAAUAGAAUUAGAGGAUCGCAAGAAGGUAAUGCAAGCGCGAUAUAAUCAGACUGUCAUAUACUCUAUAAUGGGCAAAUACAGAAAAGCUUAUAAUAUUCGUAAACAAAUGGUCAGAACACUGAGUACAUAUGAAGAUGAAGCAUUUCAGUUUGUAGUGCUUUGUGGCCAAAGUGUGGAUGCACUUAUUCUAGGUAAAGAUAAGAAAUCCCUAAAACUUGCACAAAAAUCGUUGGUGGUUGCAGAGCAGUUAGGUGUAGCAAAAUCUAUAUCCUUAGCUCAUGGCAAUAUAGGCCUUGCAAAGGAGAAGCUACAAUACUAUGAUGAUGCAAUCAAAAGUUAUGAAAAAUGUCUGGAAUUUGGGCAGAAGAUUAAGAAUACAAGAAUCAUAAAUAAUAGUUACUGUAAUCUUGGCAGGGCCUAUGAAGGAAGAGGUGGGUAUAAAACAACUUUUAUGAUUAACAUUUUCCUUUUGACAAGUAAAAUGAAGAGCUAUUGGAUCAGAUAUUACAUAAAAGUCUGGGUAACCGGCCAUUAACAUCUGAAAGUCACUUUUUGAAGAGCAUAUAAAUUGUCUGGUGUUAAUAGAUUUGGUAAAAUUAUUUUACAUUAAUUAGAUGGACCACACAUACCCACAGUCUUACUCAAAGAGCAAAGGUAAGAGCCUACAGCAGUUAGAAUAAUAAAGUAUGAUAUGGCCUGCUGACGUGUGUUACUCGUUAACGGGUUAAGUGACCAAGUGAUAAAGAUGUGCUGGAAUUAGCACAAAACACUCUGUGUCUUUUGAAUGCUCUUGCAUAACACAUAAUCCGACUGUUCUCGCCAUCUAGUUACUCAUUGUUUUAAUUUGGUGGAUUUAAGGUGAUAAAGCAAUUGCUAAGAAGUACUACCUCAAAGCUCUCAACAUGCCUCAAUCACCAUCAUCCCACUGGUGCGAUACAGAAGAUUUCCGAUUCAGUGCUGAUUACCUCCUUGCAAAAUUGGCAGUGGAAGAGAAUGAUUACUCAACCGCAAAGAAAUAUUUUCAACAAGUUGUGGAUCGUUGUGAGAAGUUUCGUAAAAGUGUCCAUGAUAGCCCUUUAAAGAUCUGUUUCAAUGAUACACAGAAGAAACCCUUUCAAUAUCUACAACAUGUGCUCCUGAAAGGAAAGGCCGACGCAGCCGCACUGUUGGUCGGUGAGAUGGGCAGAGGCAGAGAUUUUUAUGAUAAGGUAUAGGUUUUAUGAUUGAUCUAAACUAAUGUGUAGUAAACUGUCAAGUAACAUAUUGUUGUGGUUGUUCAUUAGCACAUGCACCUUUAAUUUUGUGAAGGGAAUUUAAUCCCUACAUGCUAGAUGAAUAACUUGGCCAAACGUAACCACAGGGGGUUUUUUUCCGGGUGCUCUACAUCAGAUCUGUUGGAGGAUUCUUAGUAAACCUCUUAGAAGAACAGUUUGGAACAGAACUCAAAAGGAACAUACUGUACAGUACACUAACCACUGUACCAUCCUUCUCUAAUUAAGGUAAUAAAAGAAGACCAGUCCAAGCAUCUCAAUACACCUGAAGCUCUUCUGGAUGUGGCUAAGACCAACAACCAGGCUGUGCUGUUCCUGUCCAAACUAGACGUCGUUCAGGAAAUGAGAACGUGGUUUAUCACACCAGAUGGAAAAAUCACGUCCUCCAGCUGCCCUCUGAAUCAAUGGGAAGAACUGCUUAAGGAUUUACGUGUUGUUUUUAGUGAAGUUUUGAUUGGCCAAACUCAGACACCUCAGCCAGUUAUUCAGAUGCCUCAACCAAGUUCAGAGGGUGCCACUGACAUGGUUGGUGUUACGGAAGUGGCUCAGCCAAAUUCGGAAAGUGGCAAUAUAAGCCCUGCAGCUCAACCAAGCUGUUCAUGUACAAUUGAAUUCAGAGGUUCGUUUGAAUGAAAAAGUAAUAUUUAACGAAGAUGCCAAUAUGGUAUGCUCAUUUUAAACAUAUUGUGUUUGUUUUUAAUAACAAGUCACUCACUAUUCAUAGGUGUGGACACCAGAAUCGUAAGUGAUGAUGAAUCUGCAGAUGAAUCUGGAGAUGAAUCCGAGGAUGAUUAUGAUGAACUGGGAGAAGAAAAUGAGAAUAAUGGUGAUCAAUCUGGAGUUAAAUCUGUGAAUGAUGCAGACAAUGACAAGGCUACAGUUCAAGAAACAAACAGAGAUUAUGCAUGCUCUAUGUCAAACCUCACAGCCACACGGAGUCCACCUAUUCCAUCAAAUAUUCCGCCUGCUGCACCUUCAAAUAUCCCCGAUUUUCCUGGCCUUAUCGACAAAUUUAGCGAGCUUAUUGUGCGACCAAUUGAAAGUCAUUUAGCAAACAUGGUUUCCGAAAGUGGUCGUAAACCUGAAUUAUUGAUUAUACCACAAGGACAAACAUUCAACAUACCUUACUCUACACUGCAUCUUCAAAAUGGAGAACCGUUAUGUAGUAUGGUGUCGCUCUGUGAAGCUUUUUCUUUCCAUUCGUAUUCCUACAGUACAACAUUGCAAGAAGAAACAAAGAAACAGGUGAAUGAUUAACCAAUCCAAUUAUUGAAUUUAGGCUUCAGUACAUGUUACCUCUUUGGCCGAUUCCUGAAUGAAAUUUUCCCUCCUAAACUGCUGUAUAGUAGUUUGAACAUCUCCUCAAUGGAGAACAAUUUAGAACUGAUGGUUUUCUACCCAGUCUAAUUAAAAGUACUUAUAGUUAGUUUUGUUACCUCCUGUAGUAAUAAUGAACCAAUAAGAGAUCGAUCUUACUGGAUCUCAGUAGGGAGACAGUGAAUAAUUUACAUGUAGAUUCCUCCCUUCAAUAACACUGGAACAAUUAAACAGAACUUAUAGUAUAGCUGUUCAUGCAAAAUAUAUAAAGAAUCCGGCAAUUAUAGUGGGUAUGAGGUUUUCAAUGGAGGAAAAGAAUAAAUUAUUCAUGCUGUACUAUAUAGGCUAAGUCAUGUUGUUAUUAAUGUAGCCUCUUCAGAUGAAAGAUAUUCUUAUUGUGGGUAACCCAACCAACAAUCUGCCAUUUGCUCAGAAAGAAGCAGAGAUGAUAGCAGAAAAGCUGCAAGUAACUCCAUUGUUACAAGAUUCUGCAACUCACAGUGAAGUUCUAUGUAGACUUUCGCAAGCACCCAUAAUCCACUUCGCAAGUCAUGGUACGAUUGAUGGAAGAAGCUUGUUGCUUGCACCAGAAGAAGGCAAUUAUAACAAGUACGUAAAAAUACCUAACCUAGUUUAUAGUUUUUUUCAGGUAGAAUACUAUACCAGUCCUAUAUAUACAAUAGAUCACCAAUUGUCUAAGAUAUUUUUUCAGGUAGCAAGGUCCUGUAGUUCGGGAAACGACAAAACGCGGACCCCAGGUCCAUGGACUACCUUCGUGGACCUGGUCCAUGGACUACACUCGUGGACCACGGACCACUCCUGUGGACCACUCUCGUGGACCACUUGCAAAAUUUCGCCUACCGAACAAUAGACCAAACACUAUUAUUCCGAGUUUAGGGAGCCGAGAUUGGCGGGAACUACUGAUUAUUCAUUUCCAUUAUUUAUUUCACAAUCAAUUCAGUUUUUGUUUGAUGAACAGUGAAUACUAAGUCUGUAAAAAUGCUGAAAAAAUGUAGUCAGGGUUCCAUUAAAAAAUAUAGGAAUACUGUGGAGAAUCUGGAGGGGGGUGGGGCGGUGGUCAAAGGAUUUUACUGAAUUAUUCGAAUUUUACUGUUAAAAAAUCACUUGAACUGUAGAAGUCGUAAGUUGCAAUAACCUUUCAAUGCCUGAAGGUCCUCUUCCAAAAAUAUUAAUUUUUGAAGCUCGAUUACUGCUUUUCUUGCAUUUCCUGUAGCGAUCGAGAAAAAAACCUACCAAUUUUAAAGGCAUAUAUUCGGAAACUUUGCAUUAAAGUCGUAAUUGCACACUUAUAUUUUAGAAUGGUCAUGUUGACUUCAGAACUUCACAUUUUGUGUAAAGUUUCCACAAUAAUAAUAAUGACUGAACUCGACUCGAGCACAUUUUUGCAUGCACAGUCAAGAAUUCAAACCCCAAAAAUCGCAAGUGGUCCAUGAGAGUGGUCCACGAAGGUAGUCCACGGACCUGGGGUCCGCGUUUUGUCGUUUCCCCUGUAGUUCAGACACAAACAAGAACAGCUUACUGUACCGUAAAAUACUAACAGUCUGGACCACCACGUUUGAGAGAUAUUUUUCAGGGAAUUCAGACACAAAGCACGAUAGCUUAUUGUAGAUUAUACCUACACUGGGCCCCACAUUGAGAUAUCUUUUUCAGGUACAAAGACACAAACCAUGGCAUCUUAUUUUAGAAUAUGACACUGACCUACAUUACAUGUUUUAAUCGUAUAUACAGUACAAACAUUUUACAAUGGAAGUUUUUUUAUCAAAGUGUGCUGAAAGUGUGAAAAGCAUGCUGAAAGUGACAGUUGACAGUGACAAAAUGUUUCCCUAACAACAAUUUUUCAACAAUGUUUCCCCAUGUUUUCAUUUUCUCGUUACUUAUAGUGCUGAAAUGGCAAAAGAGAGUUACCUUACAGUGGAGGACAUCUCGAACCUGAGCUUACAAGCUAACAUGGUGGUCCUGAGUGCUUGUCAUACAGCCCGGGGCAAGAUCAGCAGCGAGGGUGUGUUGGGUCUAGCCCGUGCCUUCCUAAUGGCGGGGGCAAAAUCUGUGGUUACUGCACUAUGGGCAGUUAAUGAUAAUGCGACUAAGAAAUUUAUGUUAAGGUUUUACGACAACCUCUCCUCUGAACCGGUUGUGAAUGCCUUGGCAACCACAAUGUGUGAAAUGAAACAAGAAAAGUUUAAAGUCACUCAAUGGGGUUCAUUCAAGGUUCUGGGUGCAAAUGUCAAAGUGUUUUCUCACUUUUCUGAUGAUAAUUAAAGAAAUAUAAAGGUUGUUAGUUUAUUGUAAUAUGGUGUAAUGUAAUAUAUUAUAUUGACUGUCUGAUAUAUUCAUAGUUUACACAUGUAAUUAUAUCAUUCAUAUACCAUAGAUAUGUAUUGCAUAAACCACGGUUAAUAUUAUACAUUUAUUAUUUAUUUAAAAAAUUCUUGGUUUCUGAUUGGCUAACAGCCAACUGUGAAAUUGUCAUAUCAACUCAAUGGCUAACCAAAUAUGGAUUUUUCACUAUGAAAAAAAAAUUGGACAUAUUUGCGCCAUAUUACUAUGAUAACGAGAAUCGUAUUGACUCACUGACGCCAUUGAUAUGACAAUGACGACAGCUGCCAAAGGACUAAGGAAUUGUUUUUUUUCUUGAUACCGGUACAAAUAAAAUACAAAUGGCCUCCGUUUGUUUUGAAUUUUUUAAAUAAAUAAUAAAACAAUUAUUGAAUGAGGUUUUCACACAAAUUAUGAAGAAUUAUCAAGCCCCGAGUUUGUUGUUAUCAAUCUCAGCCUUCGCGGCUUCGGUUGAUAACGGCAAACUUCAGGCUUCAGAUAAUUCUUCAUAUUGUGCUCAACCUCAUUCAGUAAUUGUUAAAUGUGUGAAACCAAGGCAACAUCAUAUCAGAGCAGCAUGAUUUUGUUUUGGUUAUGCAUGUGUUGUUUCAGGUCGCUGUUUUCUUGAGACCAAGACAAUCAAAGUGAGAAUUGAACAAUUUGUUCUCUUGUUAUAAGUGUCCUCUAGUUAUUGCAUGAAAUGCAAGACUGAGACAAGAUCAGUCAUAGUGUUGUUGAUAUGAGACCAUAAUUAAUCACCACAUUGUAAAUAAUGCACCAGUCAUUUGACCCCUCCCCAUCUCAGCCAACCCCGAGCCGUUCACAUCUUGCAACUCUUCACAAAACUUAGUGAACUCCCUGACCACCACGGCAAAAAGGCAUGACAAAUUCCCUUGCCCCUGAAAAGGAGGUAAUUGUUUCUGUCAGGGGCAAGAAGGCAGGUGCAUUUUGUGAUUUCCAGCUUUUCGCUAUCAUUUGCAGGGGGGCAUGGGGAGCAGGGGUAAAAGACUAGCAAAACCUACAAUAUAAUUUUAAAAAUGACUUGUAUUUAAGUGUAAAUAAUGCAAAAAAUCAUGACUUACCGAGGCUCAGUAUUCCACUCUUUUUAUAGUGCUGUAGUGCACGUCCAUGUUUUUUACUUCAAAGUAAAAAUUGUCAUAUAAAUUAGAUAAGGUUUUUAUAAUUAGAUAAACUUAACACAUGAUUUAUUCAUUUGCUCAGUGUAUAUUCCUCCACAAAAUUCUCCUAGGGAAAAAAGAUUAAAGAUAAAUCACUAUGAAACCCUUCAAAAUGACAUAAAUAAAUUUGCUAGCCUUGGUGAGAUAAUUUUAUGUGGUGAUUUCAAUGCAAGAUCAGGUCAUUUAGAGGAUUCUAUUAAUGAUUUUCAUCUAUAUAAUAACUCCUCUUCUCCAGUUGAUCAUCGAAACUCUCAAGACUCCCACAUAAAUGUAUAUGGAAGAUCUUUAGCUGAAUUGUGUUGUGGGAACUCAUUAAUUACUUUAAAUGGAAGGUCUAAAGGAGAUUUUGUUGGAAAAUUUACAUGUCAUACAUAUAAUGGAUCGAGUGUUGUGGAUUAUACUAUUGUAUCUCAAAAUCUUUUUUCUUCAUUGAGUCACUUCUCCGUUUCUUCCCUUACGGAAUUCUCUCACCAUUCUUUCUUAUCAUUUGCUUUAAAGGCAGAAACCCCUGAUUUAUCUGGUGAUUCUAGUAUUGAAUUAACAUCACACCCUAUAGCCUUCAAAUGUAACGAACAGUGUAGGGAAGUGUUGCUUGAUAUUUUUAACUCUGACGAAGUCAAUGAUCAUUUAGACACUUUACUCAAUCCUUCAAACGAUAAUGAUUUAGACAUCAACUCCUUAGUUAACGACUUCACAGAAAUUAUUACCAAAGCAUCUAGAAAAUGUAUCCCUCUCAAGAAACAGAAAAAAAAAUCUAGUAAAACGAGAGUAACACAAAAACAGAAAUGGUUUGAUAAUAAUUGCUACCGACUUAAAAGAGAACUACGGAAUUUAGGAAAAUUAAUAUCAACACAGCCGAAAAUGACCCCUUUAUAA